UCAAUUCGGGUUGGGAUUUCCUAAUAUUUAGAAUAAAACAAUUCUAACAGUAAAAACAUUGUAAUUAAUUUGUUAUAUUUAUUUUCAUUUUAUAUAUUCUCGUCUAAUCAUGACUGACCAACAAAUGGACUGUGCGUUGGACUUGAUGCGGAGGUUGCCUCCCCAGCAGAUUGAGAAAAACUUGACAGAUUUAAUUGAUCUGGUGCCUAAUAUGUGCGAUGACCUGCUAUCUUCAGUAGACCAGCCUCUAAAGAUUGCUCAGGACCGUAGCACGGGGAAGGAUUACUUGUUGUGCGAUUACAACCGGGACGGAGACUCGUACAGAUCGCCAUGGUCGAAUACGUACGACCCUCCACUGGAGGAUGGGUCUAUGCCUUCAGAGAGGUUGAGGAAAUUAGAAAUCGAUGCCAAUCACGCUUUUGACCAGUACAGAGAGAUGUACUUCGAAGGUGGAGUGAGCUCUGUGUACCUGUGGGACAUGGAUCAUGGGUUUGCUGGUGUGAUAUUGAUAAAGAAGGCUGGCGAUGGUUCCCAAAAGAUCAAAGGUUGUUGGGACUCAAUUCAUGUAGUGGAAGUGAUUGAGAAGAGCUCGGGUCGCAAUGCUCACUACAAACUCACAUCAACGGCCAUGUUGUGGCUGCAGACUAACAAGGAGAGCAGCGGGACCAUGAACCUUGGUGGCAGUCUCACCAGACAGGCGGAACAGGACUCUGCAGUGAGUGACGUGACGCCGCACAUCGUGAACAUCGGCCGCAUGGUCGAGGACAUGGAGAACAAGAUCAGGAACACGCUUAACGACAUCUAUUUCGAUAAGACCAAGAAUAUAGUGAACGGUCUUCGGUCGGUGCUGCCGGUUGAGGUGGAGAGACGCAAGGUGGCGCUGCACCACGACUUGGCCCUCGCUCUGCAGCGCCGGCACGUGGCGCGCGACGACUGAGGGCCCGCCUGCCACUGCGCAACGCCGUGUCUACAUGAGGUGGAGAUAUUGGGUAAAUUGUGUUAAUUAAGGAUCGCUCACGAAGAGAAUUGUGAACUUACGAAAUUGUGGAAACUUAUGAAGGAUA